ACCAACCAUAGAAAACCCGAGAUACUACAGAAACAUAGACGAAGAAGAUAUAGAAAUAGUUCGAGAACAAGAAAAAUACAAAUUUCAAGAAAACAAAGUACCCAAUACGACCCUGAUGACUUCCAUGAGUCAAAAUUCAACUACUAUAAUACCUUCAAAACAAGAAGUGGAAAACUUAUUAUCUACCUUUCUACAAGAACUUAUUGAAAUAGAUAACAAAUCCAUAAUUAUAUACGGGAAAAUACCAAGAUCAUAUAACCCAAUCUACAAUAAAAAAGUACUCAACAGAGUAACAAACCCUCCAGAUAUUAAAAUAGUACAAAAUAUUCAGCAUAGACAUAAUCAGUUACAACAAAUAAUCAAAACUAUAAAACUAAUUGAAAUACCUUUACUAGAAAAAGAAAGACUGACACUCCAAAAUGCAUAUGAAAAUAACAAAUAUUUAAAUAUCCUAAAACUUCAAAAAGAAUUAUCAGAAUUAGAAAUAAUACAAGAAGGACCUGAUCGAUACCUAUAUAAUAGAAGGUACCCAUCAGACAAUAGUGAUAAAACAAUAGAAGCCGAAGUGCGAAAAGACGCAUUUUAUUAUAAAGCCAAACUAAAUACAUACCAACGAACCAGAAGCCUAACACCAACAUAUGACAUAGACUGGCCACCGCAUACUUAUUAA